CCGAGUUGUGAAGGGUCCGAGCUGAGGAAAGUUUUUGCCAUGGUGACGCAGGAGCCCCCGCGGUGCUGCGGCUAUUUCAGUGUCCGCUCGGUGGUGCUGGGAGUGGCCAUUUACUAUGUGUUCGUCAGCCUGAAGUCGCUGGUGCUGCAGACGGUGGCCGUGGUGAAAUGCGGCGGAGUGUGUCCGGGCCCCUGGGGCUCCCCGGGGCCCAUCUCCGUCAUGUAUUCCCUGGGGCUGGUGCUGCUCUUCCUCAGCCUGUCCCUGCUGUUCGGGGUGCUCCGCCGCCGGCCCGGCCUCCUGCUGCCAUUCCUGGCCUUCCAGAUCAUCGAGCUGCUCUGCUCCCUCAUGCUGAUCUGCGGCCUGUUCGUGCGCUUCCCGUCCGAGCUGCGCAUGGUCAACUACCUGGCCGGCAUGGAGGAGCAGGACCGGAACAUGGAGGCCGGGGCCUCGGUGCUCUUCGUGGUGCUGGCCCUGCUCUUCGUGCUGCUCAAGGUCUACCUGAUCCGCUGCGUGCUCACCUACUACCGCUUCCUGCUCACCCGGGCCCUGCUGCCGCAGAACGACCAGGGAGACCUGGCCCUCAUCGUGGUCCCCGGCCCCGAGAAGAACCCCCUCCUGCUGCCUUCCUAUGAAGAGGCCAUCAGCAUGCCGGCCAAGGACAGCCCUCCCCCUCCAUACAGCCAGCCAGCUAGUGCAGAGCCCGGCAAGGAGACUGCAUGAAGGAGCACCGCCUGGGUGACCAGCCGGGCACAGUGUCACAUGUACCCCUAUAUAGCAUGUUAUGGGCACAGCCCUGGGAUACUAGGACUCCAUGGGGGGCUGGAGCCACACCACUGACUAUAAAUGCCAUCCUUAACUUGAUUUGGGGCAUGGCAUUCCAUCCUGGAACCUUACUUGGGGUUUUGUCUUCUUCUGUCAACUUCUUUUUACGUGUUCUAUUUCCCAUUAAAUUCCAUGUUCCUGACAGAAUACUAUCUAGUAAAGGCGGGGGGGAUUUGUGUAUCACUGACUUUGUAGUUUAGUGGCACAUUUUACCCAAGUAGACAAAGUGAGUCUAAUCUGUUGUACACCUUUAUGCAUAGUUUUAUAUAUCCUGGAUCAGCAUCUGUGCUUUGGUGGAUAAAAAAAUGUGAAGCGUAGAAAUGACUGACGCUUGUUAAUGAACCUGGAAGAUGGUUGUUUUCAUUCUUUCCCCAUAACCUGUUAGUCAUAAGAAGUAAUGGGUGCUAUCACGUGAAUUCCACAGUUGCUCAACCGACUAACUGUAGCGAAUUAAGACUUGGUAUAGUAGUGUGAGCCUAAAAUCUAAUCUGCGCGUAAAAAGGAUUUGUAGUGGGAAUCACAUUUGUUGUGAUAGAAUAUAUAGACAGGCCAUAAGAAAUACUUGCAUAGACUAUUGUUCAAUAGUGCCAAUACAUAAGUUUGUAUCCCAUCCGAUAUGAACUGCCGGUAGUUGUGCUCCAAAAAAAUAAUGCUGUGCUACUUAUGUAGCCUUGUUAGAAAUAAUUUGGGGAAUGAUUUAUCUUAUGAUCAUCCAGUUGUGUCCUAUGGUUUAUCAGCAUUUGUAUGACUCUGUGCUGUGUUAAGUCUGUGUAGCAGCAGUCCAAGUGUGCUGUAUUUUAUACACUAUAUUUACAUGCUUUUUGCUAGUAAGGCCCACAAACUGCUUGCAAAGUUUCUUAAUCUCUGCUUGAAGUUGGACAAUACUAGAACUGGUAUUUUAAAUGGUUUGGUGUUUUCCAGCAUGACAUCUGUUUUAAAGAUCAUUUUGGAUUAAAGCCUUCAAUUGACAUGUUUUACAUUGGAUAGUUAGCUUUUACUGUAAUGACAUAGUCUACACGUUUUUAAAAUUGCUGAAUUGUCUGGCUUAAAUUUGACAUUUCUAGCUCUUCAAUAACUUGGUCGACAUUACUCCUUAAAAUCAGUGUUAAUGGCGUAUAAACUAUAAUUUUCCAUUACUCUUCUUGGUAUGUAAACUGCUUUACACCAAAGAAAUUCUUUCCUAUAACUAUAGUAUUGGAUUUAAGCUUUCUAUUCAUUUAGAUAUAUCUUGUUUGACUCAUCAUGAAAGGGAAUCAAUGUACUAAAUAAACACUGCUUCUUCUAGA